UUCGUGCCCUGUCUUGAUUGGUGCGAUGAUUGUCUCUCCUACACCGGUGUGAAGAACAAUAUUCAGCGCAUAAAAGGAAAAUAUUUUCCUACUGUCCCCUUCAGACCCAACAUCACAUCCUCUUCAAGCAAUGCGUCUCUCCUUUGUUUUCGCUGUUGUUGCUGCUUUGAUAGUAUCAACAUCUGCCAGCGACGCUGAAAGUGACGAAUGUCCUUGGUAUUGCGUACAUGAUUCAACCUGUUCAGGCUGCAUUGUUGGGGAAUGCGUGAGUAUGAUGAGUAGUUUGCGUCCUGGAUGUAACCGCGUGACUUAUCGGCGUGGAAGAUCUUCUUUGUCUGUUACUAGCGUGGCAGUGAGUCAUGUCUCUGCUUUCACGUCGAUGCAGUAUGGUUGAUGGUAUAACACGUGAAGCCUUGAUCGGAUGCUCGGCCAUUGGGAGUGGAACAAUGACUUUGGUGGCGGCAGAGGCGUAGUUUGGGGUAAUCAAGCAGUGGAACGAUAUCUGCUACUGGAGGUUGAGAAGUCCUGUUGUAUGUAGUAUACCCCCGGGUACCCUGGACAAGGCUUGAAGCUUGAAGCAUGAAAUUGGGGCGGGACAGCAUAAGUACAUUCUUCUACUUAGCACCGAUAGAUAGACAGGAAAUUAGCAUGCACC